GCUCUGCGUUUCUUUGGUCUGGAAGAAAGAUCCGUAAAUAACGCAGCGUAGUGGUUGAGAACGCGGCGUCAGGAAUACGUCACUGUGUGCGGAAGAGCUGCGCAAGGAGCUUACUGGCGCUCUGAGAAUAGCCGGAGCGGACUGCAGGCUGAAUAGGUACCAAAAUGUUGCAUCGAGCUGCUCUGAGUUCCUGCGUGGGCAUCACUGCCAGAUGCCUCCUUGCGCAUGUACGAACUACGGCUUCUUCUAACUUUAUUUGUUUCCCUGGCACACCUCAUCAGAAUGUCCGCCAUUGGAGUAAUAUCCCUUUCAUCACAAUGCCACUUAUGCGCUCUCAUGGGAAGCCAUUUGCCCACCGCAGUGAGCUGAAGCACGCCAAAAGAAUCGUUGUGAAACUGGGAAGUGCAGUAGUGACAAGAGGGGACGAGUGUGGCUUAGCCCUUGGGAGACUGGCAUCUAUUGUAGAACAGGUGUCUGUGCUGCAGAACCAGGGCCGAGAGAUGAUGAUCGUCACCAGUGGUGCCGUGGCAUUUGGAAAGCAGCGUCUGCGCCAUGAAAUCCUUUUAUCACAGAGUGUGAGACAAGCCUUGCACUCAGGGCAGAACCAGCUGAAAGAUAUGCAAGUUCCAGUGUUGGAAGCACGUGCAUGUGCAGCCGCCGGCCAGAGUGGACUCAUGGCAUUGUAUGAAGCUAUGUUUACACAGUACAGUAUUUGUGCUGCUCAGAUUUUAGUAACAAACCUCGAUUUCCAUGACGAGCAAAAACGUAGGAAUUUAAACGGCACUUUACAUGAGCUGCUUCGAAUGAACAUUGUUCCCAUCAUAAACACCAAUGACGCAGUGGUUCCUCCUCCAGAACCCAACAGUGAUCUGCAGGGGGUAAAUGUAAUCAGCAUCAAGGACAAUGACAGUCUGGCUGCGCGACUGGCUGUUGAAAUGAAAGCCGACCUGAUAAUUGUGUUGUCUGAUGUAGAAGGACUGUUCAACAGUCCACCGGGGUCGGAUGACGCUAAACUCAUAGACAUCUUUUAUCCUGGAGAUCAGCAGUCGGUGACCUUUGGAACCAAAUCUAGAGUUGGUAUGGGAGGCAUGGAGGCAAAGCCCUACAAGGCUCGAUCUUCAGCCCUCUGCUCUUCUAUCUCUACACCUCCUUUCUCGGUGAAAGCAGCUCUAUGGGCCCUACAAGGCGGUACUUCUGUUGUUAUUGCAAAUGGCACCUACCCGAAGAUCUCUGGUCACGUGAUCACUGAUAUUGUGGAGGGGAAGAAAGUUGGGACCUUUUUUUCAGAAGUGAAACCAGCAGGACCCACUGUGGAACAGCAGGCAGAGAUGGCACGGACAGGUGGAAGGAACUUGGCAACUUUGCUACCUGAGCAGAGAGCCGAAAUCAUUUUUCACUUGGCUGACCUACUGACUGAUCACAGAGAGGAGAUUUUGUCUGCUAACAAGAAGGAUUUAGAAGAGGCAGAGGAUAAAGGAAGAUUGGCUCCUCCUUUGCUGAAACGGUUGAGCUUAUCCACAGCGAAGCUGAACAGUCUGGCCAUUGGGCUUCGGCAGAUCGCUGCCUCUUCACAAGAUAGUGUAGGCCGGGUGCUGCGCAGAACACGGAUUGCCAAGGAUCUGGAACUGGAGCAAGUGACUGUACCCAUCGGGGUCCUACUAGUUAUCUUUGAGUCCAGACCAGACUGCCUCCCUCAGGUCUCUGCACUGGCCAUUGCAAGUGGGAAUGGUUUGCUUCUGAAAGGAGGUAAGGAGGCCUCCAACACCAAUCAGAUACUCUACCGGCUUACUCAGGAAGCAUUGUCUCUUCAUGGAGUCAGGGACACUGUGCAACUGGUGAACACCAGAGAAGAAGUUGAAGACCUCUGCCGUUUAAACAAACUCAUUGAUCUGAUCAUUCCACGUGGUUCCUCCCAACUAGUCCGGGACAUCGAGAAAGCAGCCAAGGGUAUUCCCGUAAUGGGGCACAGUGAAGGCAUAUGCCACGUGUAUGUGGAUUCUGAAGCGAGUGUUGAGAAGGUCACAAGAAUUGUGCGGGACUCCAAGUGUGAAUAUCCAGCUGCAUGCAAUGCAAUGGAAACGCUAUUGAUCCAUAGAGAUAUAUUGAGAACUCCACUAUUUGACCAGAUCAUUGACAUGCUAAGGGUCGAACAGGUUAAAAUUCAUGCUGGUCCAAGAUUCGCCUCCUACCUGACCUUCAGCCCAUCAGAAGUGAGAUCGCUUCGCACAGAAUAUGGUGACUUGGAGUGUUGCCUUGAAGUGGUGGAUGGAGUCCAGGAUGCAAUUGAGCAUAUUCACAAAUAUGGCAGUUCUCACACAGAUGCUAUUAUCACAGAGAACGAACAAAUAGCAGAAUAUUUUCUGCAGCACGUGGAUAGCGCUUGUGUGUUCUGGAAUACCAGCACUCGAUUUUCUGAUGGAUAUCGAUUUGGACUUGGAGCGGAGGUGGGAAUCAGCACUGCUAGGAUCCAUGCCCGUGGACCUGUGGGGAUAGAAGGAUUACUUACUACAAAGUGGAUACUUAGAGGAGAAAAUCAUGUUGUGUCUGACUUUUCAGAGCAAGGGAGCAAGAAAUAUCUACAUGAAAAACUCCCUGUGCCACAAACCAGUUCUAUCUAAAAAUGCACCUGAUCCAGAUUCCACAUUAUCUUUGAUGUUCUGUAGAAAUGGCAGUAUUUAUCAAGGGUGGUUGCUGCAACGGUUUCUAGUUAUUAUCGCAAAAGAUUGAAUUUCAGCAAGACAAGAAAAUGGUAAACAUGCCAACACUCCUUUCAAAAACAAAAUGCACUCAGAAGAUUUACAACCGAAAUAGCCCUUAUAAAACAAUGGCACUUCAAAUAAACAUAUUGCAGUUUUCUGUAUUCUUUUUUUACUACUCAUUAAUAAGCUUUGAAUAGAACGUGUAAAAAAGCCUUGAUAAUUCCAAUAUUAUGUAACAGAAUAUCUCAAACCUGUUACAUUGCUCUGAGAUGUGUGCCCUGCACUUAUAAAUCCAUUUUAAUGCCGGCAAUGGAGGACCUUCUUCUCUAACCUGUUUUUUUUUUACUGGAAAACCGAGCAUGUUGCUUCUAUAAAUAGAUAAGGAUUUAUUACAUUUUGUUUUUGUUCCUAAGAAUUUAUCCACUUAAAAGUAUUUUUGUAAAUUUUUUAAUGUUGAAAUGCAUGUAGUGAGGCUUUCCCUGCUGAAUAGUUGACUACAUGUAAUUAUUCAAAAUGUUUUUGGUCAAUAAAUUUGCGAAACCAA